AUUCGGGCCUGUAUCCCGGCAUGGGCCCGGAAGUUGUUUGGGUUCAGGUAAAAGAUCCCGGAGAUGCUGCCUUCGCUAGAGAAAACAAACAGAGAACCAGCGAAAUAAACACGUCCACCCUAGUCUACCGCCAGUUAGCUGGUGCAGUGAUAAUGAAUGCUGAAGACUGUAAUGGACGCUCUUACAUGUCAGGCAGUGGAGACUCGUCAACGGAGCGUGAGUUUUUCGCGGGGCUGAGGGGACCCGCCGUGAGCACGCCCAACAGCCAGCACUCCUCUCCCAGCCGCUCCCUCAGUGCGAACUCCAUCAAGGUGGAGCUGUACAGCGAUGAGGAGGCAGGAGGCGGAGGUGCUCCCCCGUCGGAGAGGCGAGGAGGUGGCAGCGGUGGCAGCGGUGGAGGUAGCGGUGACCGGGAGGAGGAAGGGGGCUGGAAGGAGGAGAAGGGGGACAUCUCGGAGGAGCAGGAGGGGGGCACGGAGGCCGGUAGCGGUGGAGGUGGUGGCGGUGCGGGGGGCGGCUAUGGAGACAUGGCCAGUCCAGAGUCGGCCUCGCCAGGCCCCAUCCGCCUGCCCAAUGGCAAGCUCAAGUGCGACGUGUGCGGCAUGAUCUGCAUCGGGCCCAACGUGCUGAUGGUGCACAAGCGCAGCCACACCGGCGAGCGUCCGUUCCAGUGUAACCAGUGUGGCGCCUCCUUCACCCAGAAGGGCAACCUGCUGCGGCACAUCAAGCUGCACUCGGGGGAGAAGCCCUUCAAGUGCCCCUUCUGCAACUACGCCUGCCGCCGCAGAGACGCCCUCACCGGACACCUGCGCACACACUCUGUCUCGUCCCCCACGGUGGGGAAGCCCUACAAGUGUAGUUUCUGUGGCCGCAGCUACAAGCAGCAGAGCACACUGGAGGAGCACCGGGAGCGCUGCCACAGCUACCUGCAGAGCCUGGACCACCAGCCGGCACACAGCACCCAGGCAGCACACGGGGAGGAGAACCGUAACCUUGACCUGGGCUGUGAGCCGCUGCUGCAGCCCUCCACUGACAAGAGGAGCUUCAUCGACCGCCUAGCCAACAGCAUCACCAAGAGGAAGAGGUCCACGCCACAGAAGUUCCUAGGGGAGAAGCACAUGCGACUGAACCUGUCUGACGCACCUUACGAGCUGGGCAGUAGCCCGGAGAAGGAGAGAGGAGGAGGAGGAGGAGGGGACCUGCUGGGGGCCGAGCACCACCACCACCACACCCCCCUGGGCCGGCUCGGAGGUCGGUACGGGCGGGGGCAUCGGGAGGCCGUGGUGGAGGGUGGGGGUGGUGGAGGUGACGAUCCCGAACCCAGUAGCCGCCCGCUACGGCUGCCCUCCUCUCACCACGGGCCCUCCUCCUGCCUGACCGAGUUUCCCUCAAUCAUCGGCUCCGUCUACUCCUCGCACAUAGCGCCCUCUAUGGGCCAGAGGCUGAACUGUGUGUCUGGGUCCGGUGGCGGCGGCGGUGGCGGGAUGGGCGUGGGUCUGGGCGGUCUGCCGGGCCGGGAGGCGGGCGAAGGACACGAGGACACCCCGGCCAGCCGGAGCCACGCCGCCAUGCCCGUCACCACCGAGUCGCCCAGCAACGGUUGCCACGACUCCACCGACACGGAGAGCAUGGCGGACGAGCAGUGCGGCCCUGGUCCGCUCGUCAUGACGACGCUGGGCGGCGGACACCUCAGCAGCACGCCCCUACGCAGCAGCCUGCGAGACCGACACCGCAGCCCCAGUCACGCCAAAGACAUGGACCUGGAGACGAUGGAUCGGGAACGGGAACAGGAUCACGAGCGGGCGUUGCUGCGAGACAGAGAGCUGGGCUUGGCAGCCGUGGUACCCCAGUCCUCCUCGCUAGGCUCCUUGAUGCCUAUAGGGGGCAGCGGUGGCGGCGGUGGUGGUGGUAUCAUCGGAGGAGGAGGAGGUGGUGGUGUAGGAGUAAGUGUAGGCCCCAAGGAGGGCAGUCCACGCUCGCCCCCCACCUCCUCGUCCUCCGCCCUGCUGCCCCUGUGCCGGGCUGGCGAGGGUGGCAUCGGUGGUGGUGGUGGUGGUGGUGGUGCCGGGGGUGGUGGUGCCGGAGGAGGUCUGACGGUGGUGGACGCGGAGGGCCGUGCGGUGCGCUCCUUCCGCUGCGAGCACUGCCGCAUCCUCUUCCUGGACCACGUGAUGUUCACCAUCCACAUGGGCUGCCACGGCUUCCGGCAGCCCUUCGAGUGCAACAUCUGCGGCCACCGCAGCCAGGACCGCUACGAGUUCUCCUCGCACAUCGUGCGCGGCGAGCACCAGGUGGGCUGAGCAGAGGAGGUGAAGCAGGGGAGGAGGAGGAGGAGGAGGGCGAGGGUUUCCCCCCGAAGGAUGGAUGGAGGAGAAGAGAGGGGGUGAGGGG